AAAAGUUUCAAAAUAUACGAUCCAAAUCACUCUCAACACUUAAGGUACUGCCCGAUAUCCAAGCCAGCCAGAUCAAGAACUAUGUCAUCCCAACAAAAACAACCAUCAGUCUACACUCAAUCUCCAAGCCUCAAACAAUUCUCCAGUGACAGCUCUCUUCCAAGAAACAGCUCAACGACGAAAAGUCUCUCGCCUUCACUCGACGACGUAACCGAGAAAGGGGAGGAGGAGGAAGAGGAGGAAGAAGAGGAAAAAGAAGACAACGAAGCGGGAGAGAGCAAACAGAAGGACAAGAAGAAGAAGAAACAAUCCAAAAUCUCCGCCUUCAAAUCCUUUCUCACCACCACCAAUAAGAACAACAACAACGACAACAAGAAAAAGAAGGACAACGAAAGUAAGACGUCUCCUGUUGCUUCGUCAUCAUCAAAAGCAACAACGCCAACAAUCGAUCACCUCAAAAGUAGGUUAUUCAUCGAAUCCGGACUAAAUCUAUAA